ACAUAUAUAAGCAAUUCGCCGCCAUCUUGGAUGUUGGGAUAGCACUUCUUCCUUUGCCGACAGACGACACCUGCCUCACUGCCUGCGUCUUCUAAGUUGUGGGCUGGCGAAAAUUUCGUCUGACAUUGUGGAAUAUUUAUCCACAAUCGCCAUACCUUUCAAUUUACAGCAGAACGGAGUAAGUCUCAAAUCUUCAGGAACAUCACUUCGUAUUGUCCACCAAAGCAACACAAUGAUCACAAGGAGAAGAGGCCAUUGUCACCCUGAGCUGAAGUCCCGAGAGGUUGAAGUUUGCAGCUCUGUGAAAGCUAUUGAAGACCUCCCAAAUCUACCUGAGGAGUUCCCAUCUGAUGACUUUGACAGUGCUGGAAUCGAGCUAGACGACUUGUUUGGAAUUGAAUCCCUAAAAUGGACUCUUGAGCGAGACACAACCUCCCCUAUCUUUGACGUGGAGCUCGGUGAGUACAGCACCCAGAACCGAGAUAGUGGAGCUGAAGACUCGACCGCCUGCUCUCCAGAGAACAGGUCGUCCGCCUUGAAGAUCAGGAACAAGCAAAUGCAAUCUUUUGCCGUGGGCAACAAAAACGCCAUUGCCGCCAGGUUGAAUCGUCUCAAAAAGAAAGAGUACAUAAACACCCUGGAAAAGAAAGUGGGUAUGAUGUCCACAGAAAACAACAUGCUCAAAGUGGAAAACUCUCAGUUGACCAAGAGAGUGGAGGAACUGGAAGAUGAGACCAGGUACCUGCGAGCUGUGCUGGCCAAUGAGAGCAUGUUAGCUCAGCUGUUGUCACGGCUGAGCGGUGUGAAUGGCAUGAAAUUAUCCUCCUCACUUUUCCAGGGCGCCGACUCAAACGAGCACAACUACGCGCUCCCAAGGAAACGUGUGAAAGUGGAGGAGAAAGAGACCUCGGGCGGCGUGUGCCUCCACGUUGACAAGAACCAUGUCUCAGUGGAGUUCUGCACUAAGUGUGCAGAGAGUGCAAGCACGUCGCUUAAAAUUUUCUUCUAGGUAAUGGUUGAUCUACCAUGAGGGACGAAUGGCUCUGAACACCUAAACCUGCUUGAACUCCAUGGUAAGGAUCAGACCAGAAAGAGUUUAGACCUCCAGCGCUGACAAUACUAUAAUUUGACUUUUGAAAAUAAUUUUGGUAUUACAAAAGGUUAUUUUGAUUAGCUUUUUUGUACGAGUUUGGUUUUAACUAAAGUGUAAAAGCUAUGAAAGUUAAAUCCUUUUAAAAGCAAUUGCACAGAAGAUGUAGAAAUGGCGGUGAAGGUCCACAAAGAGUCCUUUUUAACUGCUUUUCCAAACACACGAGUCCUAAUUGAAUGUGUUUACUUUUGUUCAUAAAUCUCUUUGUGAACCAGCACCAUUAUACAAAAGAAUACUUUGAUUCAGCGCCACUUGUUUUUCUUUAUUGCUGAAGUGGAUUCUGCUGGUGGAGGUUGAAGAGACUCGACAAGCUGCUGCCAACGUGGCCUGCUAUUUUGAUUUUUUUUUUUAAAGGUAGUAUCGGUAACAAUGGUAUAUGUCACUUUAUUUACCUUUUUUGUUAAAAGUGUUGUCUGCGUUUUGUUCUGCACUUCAGACAACAGUUUUUGGGAGUUCAGUGCAGCUGCCCCAUUGUUUGUUUCCCUCCUUGUUGGAGUUCAUUGAAAUUCUACAUUAAAGUUAGGUGAUUACUUAUCACCAUCAGUUGUAAUGACAUGUAAAUGUGUACAUAACUUUGAAUAUGUGUCAGAUAAUUGACCUCUGACUAUUGUUGAACAAAUAAAUCCCAUUUUAAUUGUU